GCAAGGGUACGGUACGAUCUCCGCCACCAAACCGACCAAGGCUGGAAUGCGGUGGGAGCAGGAGCCGAUGCCAGGCCUCAGCGCUGCUCAGAGGCGCGCCGCCGACGAUGCAUCGAGGACCUUGCUCGCCAACCCCGACGGCAUAGGCAACAGCGCCGAGCUCGACAGGCACUGGAAGCAGCAGGGCGCCACGGCCAGGCUCCAGCGAGCCGUGCAGACUUUCGCGUUGCGGCCUGUUGGUAUCAUUGCCUUGGGCCGCUGGUCGGUUUGCUCGUGGUGGCGUACGGCUGGUACUGUGAUCAUGAUAUAUUUCAUGUACUAUGUGGCCGAGCGGUCUGGAGUAAUCGCUUGGUGUCGCGCGCUGCUGCAGGCUGGAAGCACCCCAGCUUGGGCGGUCAGCUCAGCCAUGUAUACGGUCAGCCAGCUGCACGAGCCAGUUCAGAGCUGGAUCGACGAUUUCAACGACUACACGGGCUACCAGGUCACGAUGUGGGAGUUCCAGGUGGCCGUGAUCUCAUUCAUGACGAUCAUCGUUCUGGCGGACGUGCCUACCCACGAGCAUUGGAAGGAGAAGAUGGCCCGUGUUCUGAAGGUGCUAGUGGAGGGCCAGGCGAGGCUGCAGUUGACCGUCGAGGCAGUCGACGGUCGGGCCCGUCAGGGUCGUCUCCUGAGGACUGUGCAGGGCGCCGACGUCGAGAGCGGGUCGAGCCCGAAGUCAGUGGAGGUCUUCAGGCGUCACAUCGACUACCCCGAGCAGUUGGUGAAGGACGACAAGGUUACCAUCUCUCGGCAGGGGUCGCAAUCGACUUCGGGGGCGUCCUGGGAGGUCGUGGCGUCGGAGGCCGCGGGUCGCGAGCUGGCCCUGACGGCCUUGAAGGGUUGCCGCGAGAUCGAUCCGAUCCAGCGGCGCAUGCCCGACGGGCACCGCCGGCGAGCGACGCCAGAGCACCUGGCCGAGGUCUACAGCGCGCCGAGGACGGACAUGGAGCGCGCGCAGCAGUUCCUGAGGGAUCGGCAGCUCGAGCCCCGCGCCGCGGCCGAAGGCGCGGUCAACGCGCCGGCUUGCGAAGCCAGGUUGUUGCUGGAGGGCCGCGCCCCCAAUCUGGUGAACUUCGUCAGCCUCGAGUACCUUGCGAUGAAGGCCACCGGGAAUGAGGACUGGACGUCGAAGGUGGACUGGGGCAUGGUCCGUCGCAUCGACCCUGCCCUCGUCGCCGGCAGGGCCCGCAGGGGGUGCAUGGGGGAGGCGCGCGCGGAAGUGCAGACGGGGGUGGCCAGGGGCGCCGACUUCGCGGAGCUGAAGCUGAAGGUCGGAGAGAGGGCGUCGAAGCUGAUCGAGCACCCCGCGACCGACUGGGGGAUGUGGAACCAGAGCCCAUAUCGCCUUUUUCGAUUACGAGAGAUCGUUCGAGCCACCCGCUGCCUGGGGGCCCCGCGCUGCCCGGUGUCGGGCCGCGUCUCGGACGAGCUCUCGGAUGCGAGGCCCUCGGUGAAGAAUGGGUUCUCGCCGCGCCGCAUCAAUGAGAGGCCACCUGGCUGCUUGGGUGGUCGAGAGGAUUCUGCAGGCUGCGCGUCGACGACCUUUCCGCGGAUCGCCCGGUGGGGCGAGUCGCUCUCGCGCGGCUCACGGGAGGCGCCGUCAGCGAACGUUUGCUGGGAGCUGCUGAUCUCGACCGUCGAGUUUCUGAGUUGCCUGGUCAUUGGCGGGGGCUUUUAUUCAUUGGAACACCCGGAGGAACCUCGGCAGGACCCCCGCCCGAGCAUCUGGACCCUGACGGCCACCACGGCGCCGGAGCACCUUGCCCUGGCGAGGGGCGCCGAUUGUUUUGAGGUGGCCCAGAAGGAUUUCUGGAGGAGGGCCCAUGAGGCCAGGGGCCCCAACGCACGCGACCGCCACCUGAUCGGGGCGCCCGGCGAGGCGCAGAAGGUCACGAGGGCCUCCUUCGACCGGCGCCGCGAGGGGUUCGACGCGAGGCGGAACCGCAUCGGCGGCCGCCUGGCUCUGCAGGGCAGGCUUCCAGUCGGCAGGUCCUGGACUUCCCUGGCCCGAAACUACGCGGGCCCGUUCUCUGAGAAGAUGGUGCAGCACCACCUCGCGGCGCUCGACCUGAUCGCCCCUGGCGCGCGGAAGCCGCCGCAGUCCCUGAGCGACGAGGCGGCGCUGGGGAUCUCGGGUUUCUCGACCGCGACCGACGACCUAGCGACGAAGGUUCGAGCGCCAGAGGUCGGGCCUGGCCGGGGCCCUCUGAGGAGAUUGGGCGAGCUCCAACGCGCCCGGCGGGCGCGCGCGGAGCACCAGAACGUCCUCGAGCUGCGGGCCUUCGCGCCGCGCGCGCGGGCAGCGCUUCGGACAAGGUCUGCCUGGGGCCGCCGGCCAUUCGCGAUCGCGGAUUCGAUGGUGGCGAUCGGGGCCGCCUCGAAUGGCAGGAGCAAGUCGGAGGCCCUCAACGCCAUCAGUCGCGCCAACGGUCAGGCCCCGAAGGAGAUCACCGAGCGCCUGCGACCCCCCGCCAAGCGCGGAGCUGUCGCGAACGGGUUUCGGGCCACGGCGCCGGACCACGCAGGUGUCGCAGGUCGGGCGCGCGAGGCCAGCUACGAGACGAGCGACGCCCUCGCCUACGAUGCCGACUGGCGAAGGUUCAGCGACUGGGCGGACGCCGAGGGCGUCGACAUUUCUCCGAGCCACCUGCUGGACAGGGCGAUCUUCAUCUACAUGGACUGCCUGUGCUACGACGACGAGACCGGGGGGCGGGCCAAGACGGGACAGGUGCAAGGCGUUCUAGUCGACUGCCCUGGCACGCAGCGGACGCUUACCAAGUCGAUCGAGACCAGGAACGAAGACGAGCACGCGUUUCCCACCGGCCAGAUCAAGCUCCACAUUCUUUGGUACCAGGCCUGCGCAGAGCUUGGAGAGCUGUUCAAUUUGACUGUGGCAAUAGCACAAGCGCUGCGAGGAUUCUCCCUCGUUCCUAUGCUGCCGAAUCUCGCGCGGCAGGAGUCCCAGACAACAGGGCUGCCGCUGGCUGGCCUCUCCAGGAUGCGCCGCGCGGCGCGCUUCAUGGGGUCGAAGAAGGCGACCGUGGAAAUAGUUUUGGAACUCUCGGGAAGUUUCGAGGCCGUCCAACGCGAGCAUUGCUUCUUCCAGCACCCGCUGCUCCGCCUCGGCCCAGUACUGGACCCGGUGUUUCCUGAGCCGGAGAGUGCGCGCACGGGCCCUGACAGCCAGCCAGUGGCAGCUGCGCGAUGCGACAACGCGUCAGAGGCAAACACUGUCGUCACCCAGCUCAUCGAGCCAACCGCUUGCCACGGGCGCCCGCAGGACAUGCCGCGCAAUUGCGACCUCACAAGCGAAGCGCUCAUGCGCGCGCUGAACCGCUGCCUCUCGGAUUGGCAGGGCGGGGCAGCCAGCGGGGGCGCUGUGCCACAGCUCGAGUUUGUGGUCGACUCGUUGACCAUAGCCAAUGUUGUAAAUAUGGAAGCUUGUUGCGAUAAUACAGUGCACAAGCCGGCCUUUGACCGCAUUCUCACGAGAUUGGCGGACUGCUACAAUGAGACAUUCCAGAACAAAGCUGCCUUUCUGCCGACGCACGAGUGGAGGCCGCGCGAGUGGAACGUCACCGCAGACCGACUGUGCAAUAUAGGUCUGGACGUGCGGGCUGGGUUCCGGCGCGAUUUUGUCGCUGACAUCGGCGCUGAUCUCCUGCGAGGCCACUCGCUCCAGGUGCAUUCGGAUGGUGGGCUCAGAGGUGCGGCGUCGCAUUUGCAGGUUGGCCACGCGCAUGAGGACGUCGACUUCGUGUUUUCCGCGAUGUCCACGGCCAUCCGCAAGAUGGAAAGCAACAUCUAUAUCUACACCGACAGCUACAUCAACAUGUACACCUGCAUCUACAUCUACACCAACGUCAACAGCGAGACUCACAUCUACACCUACAUCUACAUCUACAUCUACACCUACAUCUACAUCUACACCUACAUCUACAUCUACAUCUCCAUAUACACUUUCGCAUUG